UUUCAGACCUUGCAUUCAAGUUGAGCGUUAAACGCACCUACCCUUGUAUCACAACUACAGGUCGGAGCCAUGCAGAAUCAGACCCACAGUCCCAACCUGGCUCGAUAUGUGGUACAGAGCUCCGACGUCAUUUCUGACUUGCGAAUCAACGUCUUUGAGGAGGGUCACGACAAUGUCAUGUGGUACAAGGAAAGGUUCCUAGGGGACGAUGAGAUCAUUGAGCAUGUCGUGCACAACCAAACAUCGACAAUAUGCUGGACAAUCCACAAGCCAAAGCGCGGGUGGUAUAUCCGCAUCCGUGCACCAUCAUUCCCCCCAGGCGUCUCCAUAUCCCUCCUUCCUAUUCCCCGCACGUCCCCUAAUUAUAUAGACGCCGCACUGUCCUUAUCAUGUCUUACCAAUACCCCCUCUACUGUGAUACACUCACCCAGUACCUCGAAGAUGUCCAUAGAUAGCACAUCGACAGUGCACUCUUAUCCUCCAACACCGCCUCCGGCCUCCAUCAUGAUCACCCCACCUACACCACAAAGCAUCAGCGCACGGUUGGAGGAAAUAUCCCCAUCCCCCGUUUCAGUACAGAAACGUGCCUCUUGUCCUGAGGCAACACAAUUCUUGUUGGCACCGCAUUCUACACCACACAUCCCGGGGCCGCAACCAGACGAGCAGACAUCAUUCCUAACACGUGCGCUGUCGAUGUUCAAAAACAACAGGCCUUCGCACUCUGCCUCAUUUACGAUCACGCCACUCAACCGGCCUAGUCACCAACCGCCUGGUUCAGGACAUCGGAUAUCCCAGAUUAUUCCGAUGAUCCCGACGCCAUUGUUAACCUUCCAUGAUCGCACACCGUUACUCACCUUGGCGUCUGUGACGGGUCUUCUCGAGAUCAACAGAGCAGAGGAGCGUAUAUUGGGAAUUGAUACGAGCUUUUGGAUCGCUGUUGCCUUGGCGUAUUGGGAGUUUUUGGAAGAUAGAGAGAGCUACCUGGCUGCAGUCAGUGAUUAAACUCAGUCUCAUAUACCCGUACCCUGCUGUUCACUUGCUGUUAACAUGCUAUAUUGUAUUGAGUCAUGCUGAUCUGAAUUUUCCCCCUCCCCACCUGUGCUGGUUCGCAGGUUCGCGUGCCAUCUAUAGAAGGUCCGAAUUUCCCGGUCAUUGCAUCAUGUUGUUUGCUUCUCAUAUUUUGCCCCUAAAAUCUGCAAUGUCUCGUCCACAAAGACGGGUAUUCUACCCCACCCACGUACACCAUAUUGUAUAUAUACGACGCCAGUCAAUGUCGGGCACUACACCCAGUGUGAACCUGUC